AGAGUACGAGCGAGUCAUUCUAAAAUUAGUUUACGAACUUGUACGAAACUGAAUUUGCAUAGUUUUCUCCACUGAAAAUAUUGUGACUCGUCGUAUCAUUUCCAAAGUUGGCACUGUUUCAGAGAAAUAAAAAAACACAGUUUAUUUGUUGAAUCGUAAUUUAUUGAUGGAAAAGUAUUCCUAUAAAUACGUAAAUAAUUGAAAUUAUACAUAGAUAAUAAUGAGUCAAAGCUUUUAUCAGUGUCCGGAAUUAAAUCCGUUGGACAUCCCAUAUAUUUUAGAAAAAAUUUUCGACCACUUGUCCGUCUAUAACUUGAAGAAAUGUCGUCUCAUAUGCACUUCGUGGUGUUUUGAGGCGACCCCAUUUCUGCUCAAGAGAUGCAAAAUCAGUUUCAAAUCCGUCCACCAAUUCACCCAACUCCUCUCCCUGACAAAUCUCCCCCAAUUCUGCAACACAUUCGACAUCAGCAACGAAGUCGACCUGGAAAGCAUCCCCGUGGUCAAUUUCUUUACGAAAUUCUGCACCGGGAUAAAAUCCCUCGACCUUUCCUACCAUUCCGAGUACUCGACGACUUGGGCGGAAGCCGUCUUCUCGAAACUGACCUCUCUCGAAGAACUCUGUCUCAACGGGAAGGCGUCCUUCUUAACGGAACAAUCCACAUUGUUGGGCGACAAUCCGGAAAUAUUUUCAAAAUUGAAAUUUCUAUUUAUUUACGACUCAAGUUAUGAUUUGGAGUCUCGCCACCAUCAAAGAAUUUGGAUGGAAAACAUUUUUCAAAUAUUGCUCGCCCCACAGGAAACUUUGGAAAGGUUAUUUUUCGCCCCUUUUUUGGAACAGAGGGCUCGAACUUUUUUCAAUUUGAUAACUUCAGAGGCUUUAAUACACCCGAGGGUGACCUAUCUCCACAUAAAUCACUUGUCCGUGACCCCACCCGAGGUGAAGAUUCUCUCGGGGAAGCAUUUUCCCCUGAAAUAUGUGCAUCUCGUGCUUACAAAUUCGCUCGAGAGUCACGACUUGAACGGAUUCUUGGCCAAGUUGAAGGACACUCUGCGAGAGCUUACAUUAACUUUUACCGACGGGGUCACGGCGGCGCAAUUCCAUCCGAUCCAACCGUUAGAUAACUUGACCAAGUUGAGCCUGAUUGGGUAUGAGGGACCCUUGAUGACGAGUACGGCGAGAAAUUUGGAACUGUUUGUGAUGAGUUUGCCCGACGAGGAGGACCAGCUUCCGCUGUGCACGUGUUCCGUGAAGGGACUAAAGUUAAAUCAGGGUUUGAAUGAUUUGGAGAUUUAUGACUCGAAAGGAAAAUACGUUCCGGCGACUUUAACCAUGAUUUAUUCACAUUUCUACGCUCUGAGAUCGCUCAAAAUGAAUAAUAUUGACAAUUCGAUAUUGCGACUCGUUUUUAUUCAUCUUUCAAACUUGAUGGAGCUUCGAGUCUGUUUUCACAAAUUCUAUGGCGUCAGUUCCCUUCCGAUUGACUCGGGAUUGUGUGGAAUUCCAGAGUUUAGAUUGGAGGAGGAAGUCCUGGAUGCUAUUGAUGACAAGGAUAUCGAUCACUUGAGGACACAUCCGUGGAUCGGAGGGAUGAAGCGUCUGAAAAUACUCGAACUUGAACUCGGCCACAUAACAGAUUUCGGGAUAAUUUUAGGAAUCACGAGAUGUCCGACGAUUGGGAGAUUGAUCUUAAAAAAUUGUGACUGUAUUUAUUACGAAACUGCACACGGAUUCAUGACAGAUUUAUCCUUACAUGCAAUUUGUGAUUCAAUGUGUCUCACCUAUUUGAAGAUUGAGGGGUACAAGGACUGUUUUACUGAGGGGUGUUUAGAAAACGUUAUCGAAAAGAUGGGAGGAAUCGAGACAUAUAUUUUAUAAUGAUAAGGCAAAUACUCUUCUAUUAAUGUAUUGAUUAGUACCUGAGAAUAAUGUGGAGUGCAAAAUGUUAAUGUUUUUUUACGAUAAUAAUGAAGAAAAUAUGAGACGAAUUAAAAAAGAAUUUUAAAAUGUUAA